AGGAGGAGGUGCCAUGGGGUCCUGGGAGGCAGUGGCGGGAGGUGCCUGUUCCAGAUGAUGACGCAUUUCUUGUUCUGCCACGUGACCCACCGGAAGCGUGGGGUCGGUUCCGGUGCGGCGGAGGAGGCAGCGGCGGCCGGUAGCGGCGGCGGUUCGCUGAGACUCUUUUCUUACCUCAUGGCCUCCAAACAAUGUCAUCCUGAAUUGUGGGCUUUCCCCCCCAUCCUCUCCAGCCUCCACAGAGGAAGAGGAAGCCAUGGUGUGCAUUCCCUGUAUUGUCAUUCCUGUUCUCCUCUGGGUCUACAAGAAGUUCCUGGAGCCUUACAUCUACCCCAUCAUCAAGCCCUUCAUCAAGCGGGUUUGGCCCAAGAAAGCUGUGGAAGAAAGCACAACCACAGGAGGAGGCCAAGGAGCCACCACUGCAAAUCCACAGGCACCUUCAGGCACCAAAAGAGAUCAGGAGGAUGAGUUGGGAAUUUACAGAGUAAGAUUAAUUAUGGAUUUAGUUCACGAGGGAAAAGUCUGGAUAAAGCACCCGGUGGAUGCUUGAGUUGGACGCCAGACGAGAGUGAAUAGUUGGGUGUUGUACAGACUUUUUUGUGGGUGGUUGUGGGGGCCCUAGCUGUGCUGAAUGGUUAUGAGAAACUUUAGAUAACAAGAGAAACAGUGAAGGCCAUUCUGUGGGAACUAGAUAGUGAAGAUGACGUACAGCAGUCAGGUAGUGUGGUAAACAGGAUGGGGGACUGGACAAAGGGUCUGGAGUUGGGACCAAUUAAAAGGGGAAUGGGGACAUGUAAACAGUGUGCACCAACCACUCAAAAACCUUGCUCUGCCACGCUGUCCUAAGACUAUAUAAUCUGCACGCAGCCUAAUAAACAUGGACUGAAUCUACAUCAUACUGGUGUGUCGUGUUAUUUCCCGGCUUGCCACGGAAACUGGACCUCGGCAUCUGGUGACCUCGACGUGAUAAACGGGUUAGAGGAGCGGAGCCGAAGAAGGGCAAGGAUCCUGCUGCCAGCGGGUAAGCUGGGCCGUUCGAGAGAGACGGGUUGUGGCCACGCCGAUCAGUGAAUCGGGAACGCAGGAUGGGUAUUGCCGCAUCGGCAACGGAGCGCGCCAUGGUAGACAGUGUAAUGAAGUUGGCGCAAAAGACUGAAACAAAGUUAGACCGACAGUCGCUGGUCGACCUGUUGGUAUGGUGCAGGCGGAAGGGACUCUUGGAGGAGCCCUCGCAGGUGUACAGUCCGGCCGCCUGGAACAAGGUGGGGGGAGAACUGUGGGAGUCCGUGCAGAUCGGCUCCAAGGAGGCGAAACGUUUCGCGCCGGUCUAUCGCGCAGUCCGCUCCAUGAUUGAGCAGUUGCACGGGGAAGCUCAAGUUGCCGCAGCUCUUCGGCGAGCGGUGCAGAAUAGUGGGGAGGAGCGCCGACAAUCGGGCGCCUCGGAACGGACGCUGUUAAAGGAUCUUGCGCCUCAGGAUGGGGGACCGGAGGGCGGUUACAAUGCCUUCCCGAUCUCGUUAGCAGAGAAGGAGGCGUGGCGAGGUGUGGAUGAUGACUUGCCCCCCUGGAAUGGUGAGGAGAAGGGGGAAAAGCGAGCGGAUGAGGGGCUAAAAGUUGAAAUACAACCCUCGGCACCCCCGCUGCCGAUGGAAAUCGACCCUGCCAAGGUUCCCCUCCCAGACGAUGAGGCGGCGCCGCCCACAGCAACGGCGGG